GGCCUUUCCAAAACAAUGCGAUUCAAGGAACAUGCUCGCGCCAAUGGAUGUUGUUGUCGCUGCCUAGUUACUGUCACAUUUCGCCUCGUUUAACGGCACUUUUAGCUCCGUGAACACCCCGCGUAAAAGUGAGUCCAGAGCUCACUCCGUCCCCGGACAGACCCGGUCCCGCUCACUCCAGCUGUUUGUUAGCACGUUAGCAUUAGCAUUGGGCUGCUAGCUCCACCGCGGCGGGGACAGGGUCAAAAAUCUGCCUCUGGACGCAGCUUUGGGCUUUUGUCAGCUGUUGGGCUGAACAAAGCCGCUGGAGCCAGGCUAAAGUUAGCAGCAGCUCUCCUUCACAGAGAGGUCGUCCGUGUAAAGAGCUGCACCUAGAGCCGCGUGGAAAACACAAGGCUCUGUCCUGCUCUGUCCUGUCCUGUUCUGUCCUGUCCUGUUCACAGACUGUGUGGAGGAGCAGCUGCAGUCUGGUGUUAGCCACAGUCCCGUUUCUUUGCUGUGUCUUUGUUGUUGCUUUGUCUCUGAGCACAUGGCUCUCCAUGUUUUUGUUCAGACGCGCCACAGCGCCCUCUAUCUAUGCUCCUUUAAUGCUUGUCACAUGAAUGCAUUUGUUUGGAAUUAUAUUAUAUGUUUGCAGUCGAAACACUACAUUUUCAUAUAUAAAGUCAUUAUGUUAGGGAAUUUCUAAAUUGAAAGUGAUUACACUGACACGUUUGGGUAAUAUUAAAUGUCAUCUGAGUAUUUAGAGGCGUGUAAAAUGUAAACAUGUUUGGUAUAAAUAAACAUGUAAACACUGCCACUUACAUCCUUACUAAUUAAUUGGUUGAAAUACUGAAAAUACAAGUUGUGGACUGUCUUAUAAACUGUGUAGAUAAAAUUAAAGUUAAUUCUGUUUUGUGAGUUAUGUUUUUUGUUUGUUUUUACAGGGUGUAGACAAUCAGAGGCCACAUUCAAGUGCCUCCACUGGACCCUUUCCAUUCCCAGAGUGUGACUCGUCUGCACGACGUCACCAAUGCGACCAUGGGAAGUAGCAGUGAAUAGGCUGCCACCAACAGCCCCCUUAAACCCUCGGAGGUUCCUCGCAGAGCCCUGCAACACCCCUGCGCAUCUCAGGAGAAGCCCACCAGUGAGACGCCAGUGGGGCCGUCGAGACAGACCUGUACUGCACACUUCCCUGGUUCAAGAUGAGAACUUGCACCAUUUGUUUUUCUCUCAGCAUCACCACCAACAGGUUCCUUUAGAUGAGUCCAGACAAUACAGCCAUACCAGCACAGCGCCACGCAUGCUUCACCCUGCGGCACACCUGCCCCAGCAGAGCCCCAUCAUGGUGGAUCUACAUGAACAGAUGCACCAGGGGUCCGUUCCAAUAUCAUACACUGUUACCACGGUGACGACCCACGGCUUCCCCAUCCACGCCGGGCAGCCCCUUCCCGGGUGCAGCACUCAGCAGCUGCCAGCAUGCUCGCUCAUUCAGGCAUGCACCAUGCAGCAUAUGCCAGUGUCUUAUCAAGCCUUUCCGCCCCUGAUCUCCAGCGAACAUUUUGUAUUGCACCCGACGCCCUCUGUCCCACCCCACCAGCCACCGCACCUUACUCCUCUGAGCCAGUUUGUCCCUUUACAGCCUCAGCACCCACGCAUGCCUCUGCAGAGGGUGGACAACGAAGUGGACCUAAGAGGGGACCAGCACCCACUAGGGACCUUCUCGUACCCUCCGUCCCACCACCCACCAGCGCUGCCUCCGUCUCUGCCCCUACAGUAUCUUCCUCAAGAGCCUCUGCAUCAGGAGCUUCCCUUUGGAGUGCCAUACCCCCACAUGCUGCCACGGCGACAGCGAUACCGGCCACAGCAGCCGUUGCCCCCUCCGCCUCCUCCUCCAUCCUACUACCCCGGCUUCCUCCCCUACUUCCUGUCAAUGCUUCCUGUGCCUCCGACGGCAGUGGGCCCAGCCAUAAGCCUAGACCUAGACGUGGAUGAUGUGGAAAUGGAGAACUAUGAGGCACUGUUGAAUCUGGCGGAGAGGCUGGGAGAAGCCAAACCUCGCGGCCUGACUAAAGCAGAUAUAGAGCAGCUUCCGUCAUACAGAUUCAGCUCAGAGAAUCAUCUUUCUGAACAAACGCUGUGUGUUGUGUGCUUUAGUGACUUUGAGUGUAGGCAGCUACUUCGGGUAUUACCUUGUAACCACGAGUUCCACGCCAAAUGUGUGGAUAAAUGGUUAAAGACCAAUCGCACUUGUCCCAUUUGCCGAGCAGAUGCCUCGGACGUGCACCGGGAGGCGGAGUGAGCGCCCCCUGCUGGACUGUGCUUCUAUCUGUCCUGAGGCUGGGACUCCAGUGUUUAGCUUACCGACCCACUCCUGUCCUUUCUCUAUGAAAAGCAAUCCAGGAUAUCUGGAGCCUGUUGUACCUCUGCUGUGCGUCAUUCUCAGAGUCUCAUGAAACCCACUGCCUAUCGCAGCCUAUAGCCACAGUCGUGGAUUGCCAGCCACUUCUGUCUCUGCCCCCUUUGUCACAGAUUCCAAAGAUUUCCCUACAAUGCAUUCUUCGCUGCUUUUGUUUACAGGGUUUCAGUUUGAUGUGGAUCUGAUUGUGGUCACAAUAACAGUGUUGGACUGGUCGGGAGCCGGGGGUGAGAAGGCUGGACACUUUGUGCAAUGAGCAGAAAUGGGAUAGGCAUUCUUCACAGCAUGGAUAUCUGUGUUUGGGGGCACCGCCUGACCAUCAUAGAUGCAUGUUUGCGUAGAUGUUGGGCUAAGUGACUUGUUAAUAAUGUAUGUUCUGCAAUAAUGUAUUGAUCAUUUCAACAGUUUUACCCCUUAUGUUAGAUCUGCCAAUGCUAUUGUGAAUGUGUGACUUGCUGUGGUUUAAAGCAGAUGCAAACGCCAGGUCCCACUGCAGAGUGACGGCCUGUGUAACUGCGGGGUGCUGCUGUGCCCCUGAUAAUCUGCUCUGAAAAAAAGGAUUACGAGGCUGCGUCUUUUUGAGGUUAUUGGACAAAACUGCACAAGUGCUACAUCCAUCCUUCACGUCGGCCAUUUUCCUCUGGCAAGUUACCACACGCGUGUGCAUACCGUUUGUCCUGCUCACAGAGCCAAUGCAUUGUGUAACCACUGGAUACAGGGCAGCAUGCUAGGGUUUGCAUGAACUGUUGAUUCAGAUUAGCAAUAUUUUAAUCAAGCAUUGCCACCAAAAUCCUAAUCUUAAAUGUAAGAAAAAGAAGUAACAAAGAAGCAUAUUAAAAGAACUGCUUGCUUGUUGAGAAGGCGCCGUGAGGGAAGCUAGCAUGUGGUUCACUGUGACUGUGUUUAAAGGACAGUGGACGUCAGACGCCGCUCUAAACGAAGGCCUGUGCAGAAAGCAAUAUGUGCCGCCAGGGAGAGUUUUACAAACAAUCUUCCGCUUUAGGAACACUGGGCUUUUCAGUUCUGUUUGUGAGCCAAAUCCAUUCUACAGAUAUAGCCUGCUGUUCAACAUUACAGAUCUGCCUUCAAAUGACCUUGACAAGCACAAACCUAUUCUUAACCCUGAAAAAUGUUGAUUUCUCUUGUGUUGGGCGUAUGCAGUUUAAAAAAAACAAAAAAAAAAGUUUAUUUAUUGGUUUUAUCUUGUAGAGAAAAUCCAUUGAAGGAAACAGACGGAGCACUAACUGUUUGUGUCUGGUAUGUUAUAUUCUGGUGACUUGGUCAGGUCAUUGUCUUAGGCCAUGGUAAUGCUAUUGUAAACGAGCAAUUGUAUGUAUAGUGUCAGCGUGAAUGCUUUAGAUAAACGUUUGAAGACAGAAGAAUGUCCGUGUAGAAGUCACUGGUGUCGCUCGCUGUCCCUGUGAUCUGGAGGGGUCAAAGGUCAAACAGCGUAGUGUCCAGUAGUGAAGGAACACUGUUAGACUUCUAGAUCACAAAAAAAACAGAAAGUGGGGAGGGAAGAGCCACAGAUGAAUUUUUUGCUUUGUAUUAACUCUUGUCUCUUAACUGCCCCGUAAGCACUAACAGGCCUCAGACCCUCGCUGUUGUGAGGGGUCUCGCCUUUUUCUUGACUUUUGUUUCUUAAGUGAAUGUGAGUCUUGUGUGUGUGCCACCUUCAAGAGAAAAAAGAAGCCAUUUAAUAAGUUUAACCCACAGCUUUGAGAAUAACCUAUGUGUACAUAUCUAUUCGCUGGCAUAUAUUGUAAGUUUAAAAAAAUACUCAGGGCCUCUCGGUAUAUAAAACAAAGGAUAAGAGUCCAUUUCCAAUGGAUUGGAUGCCAUGAAAAGGGUAUAUCUGAGUUUAGUUUUGGUCGUUUUCUUCAGACCAUAAAUCUUUUAAUGUAAUCAAUUAUAAUAUUCUGUUUUGUCUGAAAUAGUAAAGAAGACAUUGUUUAAGACAGGCAUGCAAGAAAAAAUACAGAAAAUAUAUUAAUAUUCACUGAAAAGAGGCACUGCUACUCAUAACAAGUGUAUUAUUCAAUACUUUGGACUUUUGUUCUUGUACUCGAACCAUAUGUUGAAGCAUAGCAGUUGUGAUCCCGUUUCUAAACGUGCCACAGUGCGUACUAUCUACCUAUUUUACUCCCAGAUCUACUCCAAGGUGUUUGCAUGAUUUAAAAAAAGAUUUCAAGUGUGUUAUGGUGGAGGACUUCUCAAACUCUGGUGGGGACCUAUUUAAUGGUGCACAAUAUGCAUGCGUGUCAACCAGAUCCCAACUGAUUUUAGCUCUAGUUGGCUUUGGGUUCUGGGGUUUGGAUCUUAACGCUCAGCUGAUAACUGCCAUGCAUUGUACUGCACACAUUUUUAAUAGAACUGAAUGACUACAAGAUUUUAUUGCGCUAACUUCAUUUUAUAAGAAAAAAUGCUGGUCUUGAAUCCAGAUCUUCUUACAUUGUGUUCCUGUUAAUGCCCUGAUGACUGAAAACAUGCUCUGAAACUACUGUAGUUUAUCAAAAGCCAUAGUGACAAGGUGCUAGGUGUUCUGCUUUUAGGUAUGAAAUCUCACUUUGCGUGAAUGCAAUAGUUUGUCAUGGAUCCCAUGUAUUCUUGAAGCAUGUUAUACUAAUAUCCCGAAACACUGUCAGUGCAGAUCAGUAGAGUUAAGGAUUAAAAAAUGAACCUAAGUGUUGUCAUACUUUUUCAGUGUAGUACUGUACCUGCCUCUACCAGGCUCUUGCUCUCAGUGUAUCAAUAUUUAAAAUGUAUUGUUCACAUAUAGAUAACCUUAAUUCAUGUUAAUGUUAGCACUGUUAUGUUUAAAGUAUCUAUUUAAUUGACAAUAUCCAACAACCCGGCUAAAUGAAAGCAUAACCCGUUUAAACUUAGGUGAACUGAGAAUAGAGUCUUGUAGUCUUUCUGUUAAGGGUUACUGAAUAAUCUCACAGCUUGUGUGGUGCAAAAAUGUGUUCCAAUAAGCAGCUCAAAUUUGUUUAGGAUUUGUGAUUGAUUGCUCCGUAGAUGCCAUUUAUUGUUUACCAAUGAGUUUUGCUGCGGUGGGAUAGUGGUUUACUGUUCUUACUCUCCCUGGCCUCUAGGGGGGCCUCGCCUGACCACCAGACUACCCACCGCCAACAGAGCCAGGGCAUGUGUUGUGUGUAGGCAGAUGUUUUGCUUUGGUACUUGCACAUUUACAGUUACCUCAUUUUUUCCAUGUUUGUAUUGGGCGGACAGAGGGAGAAAACGACUAAUAUAUAUUAUAUAUAGGAAAUGGUUCUUAUUGUUAUAAUUUUUCAUUCCAUUGGAAGCAUAUUGUUUGUAGCAUUUAACAUAACUAGUUAGUGUAAUAUAUACAUCUGUAUACUGUUUGAAAUUUUUAAGAUUUGUACUUUUUUUAAAUGAAAGUUGCUAGUUAUGCUUUACCAAGUAGUGCAAUCAUAUUUUUUUUAAUUGUUGUGGCUGAUUUGAGAGGGUUGUUCACUAAUAAAUGUAUGAUGUAUA